AUGAAGAGGAGACAAAUAUUGAAGCAUUCACAUUUUGAAGCAGCAAAUCCAAUGAUGAUGAUGAGUCAUGAUCCUUCAUGGGAAGAGAAGGCAUUUGCAGAAGAUCAUGCGGCAGCUGGUGGUGGUGGAGGAUGCAUAUGGCCUCCAAGAUGUUAUUCAUGCAGCUUUUGUAAGAGAGAAUUCAGGUCUGCUCAAGCACUUGGUGGUCACAUGAAUGUCCAUAGAAGAGAUAGAGCCAGAGUUAAACAAAAUCUUCAUAGUCUUGUUAAUGUUGAAUCAUCAACAAGUACUAGUCUUUCAUGCUCUAGGGUUUCAGCUCAAGAAAGUCCAAGCAAGCAGCAUCAGCUUAUUAUGUCUCCUUAUAAGUCAAAAAGAGAAGAAUAUUCUCCAUGCCUGAUAAGUCAUGGAGAGGAUUUUGUGGAGACUGAUUUGUGUGUGGGAUUGCACUCAAAUAGGACAACUGGGGCAUUUGACCAUGAGAAAGAAAUUAUGAGUAGCAAGAGACAUGAGAGUCGUAGUAGUGGUAUUUCUGGAUUUUCAUUCUCUCUGAUCAAGCCUUGUUCAUAUGGUCAACAUAUCCCAUCAGAAGAAGUACUUAUGCCAGCUGCUGCUACAGGUUCCAUGAAAGAAAUAGACCUGGAGCUCAAGCUCUAG